AUGCGGAUGCUUUCGAGGCCCAGGGGCGAGCACUGGUUGUUAAAGGCCGCGAGCGACUUCAACGAGACGAGAGCCUCGGACGUGUUCGUGGUCAACUUCGGGGGUCACUACCACGACAUCCCCGAGGACGACGAGGAGUUCAAGACGGACAUGAUCCCCGUCCUCCAAGACAUGGCGGUUCUGGGCCAAAACGCCACCGUCAUUUGGAGAGAGAUCGCCCCGACCCACUUCCCCGCCGCGAAUGGGUCUUACGACUCUUACGCCGACCUGGACGCGAAAGAUCUCACACCGAGGUGCACUGGGACUCCGCCCAAGGUGUUCGACCGAAAUGAGUGGGUGGAGAACUACGUGCGCGACAACGGUCUCGAGGACAGGAUCAAGCUGCUUCGAAUCUACGACAUGUCGGUGCCACGGGGAGCGGCCCAUCACACGUGUCACUUUGCGCCGCCGUCUACCAUGAAGCAGCCCCGGAUGAGGAACGACGGCCGCGGUGCGGCUUCCGGUCCGAUCGACUGCAGGCACUGGUCCGAAACCGGCGUCGUCGAGGAGUGGAACACCCUCAUGCUCAACCACCUCUGCCCGAUAGAGAUAGAGUGACGUCACUCUCUCCGUUUCAUUGGCCCACGCUUCCAGAGGAGGAGCUGGCUGAAGCUUCCUUGCGUGGUGGGUAGUCGUGCAGUGGUGGUGAAAAUGAGGAAGAUUGUGCCAUGGCCGGGUAGUAGAGGAGGAGUGUCUCGCGCGCUUGGUCGAGAGUCACCUUGACCCCCCCUGGGCUGUUGUUCUUCUUCUUCUUGCGGGUUGGCGGGGAGUUGCAAUUUUACUUUUUCUGAGCAUCACUUGAGCAAAACCCCGGUACCGCAGCGUUGCCACGGCGGCACGGUGCGCGGGGUCUCGAGACAUGUUGGAAACCUUUCAUUCUUUUUUUUACGAUGCGCGCGAGGCGAUUCGAUUGAUCGAAGAGUUUCAAGUGGUUAGAUUUUGCUUGCUAACCAUGUGGGGUGGCCAAAAACAUUGUUUGAUUCGUGAAUGUUUGCCCGAAAGAAAGACGACUGUCGGUCUCAUUUGGAACAAGUUCGGGGUAUAUUUGAUCAAGUUUCGUGUUCUUAACCUAUAAAAGUAGUGUGGACGACGGAUAAAGGUCGACUUUAGAGGACGUACGCAUACAAAUGGAUGUACACAUUAGAUUCAGGUGGAUGGAGAGCAUUCGUGUUUUGAUUGAUUGGGGCGAUCGAUGACUUGUUUCCGUAUUAUCGAACCCUAAAACUUCAUGUACGUGUUUGCUUGAGAGUUGAUCAGCGUCGCUUCCUUCGGUUGAACCGUAUGUCCUACAGUACUCGGCAUCUUGCGCCCUUGUGGCCCGACGCUCUUUUGGUCCGUUCUGGUGGUGGUAGCUUGAAUUGAGCGAGCCAUCACUCUCAAGAUUUUCGGCAGCGCAGCAUGCUGUGCAGGUGCCAUCUAGUGUUCGUAUGUAGAAUAUUGAUGU